UCUGAGUGAGAGUUUUAAAUGGCUUUGGUAAUGCAGACAAGGUUCAUAAUUUAUCUCCGCUCUCGUCCAGAAAGCAAUGAGUCACGGAAAAUGCUUGAAAACACCAAAUAAUUGAGUGGUGCCUUGAGCCUGAAAUUCAGUCAGAUUCCUGCAAGCAAAUCUGAACAUGUAAAGGAUCAUGGCUGAAACUGCAGUUUGCCUGGGAACAUUCACUGCUGUGAAGACGCUCUGGGAAGUGAGAAUACACAAGAUAAAUGAAGAAUUACAGAGAGAAAAGGAGUUUAGGCAGAGGUCUGCAGGAAGGCUACUGCUUGUCUGGGAGGAGAGAGCUGCUUUAGCAAAGCUCAAAGAAAAAGUUAUUAAUGAAGGUGGAAGAGCAAUUUUAAGGAUAGAGGAAGAAGAAUGGAAGACACUACCUUCGUGCUUAUUGAAACUAAUCUAUCUCCAGGAAUGGCAGCUUCACAGAACUAGUUUGCAGAAAAUUCCUCAGUUUAUUGGAAGAUUUCACAACCUUGUUGUUCUGGAUCUGUCCCGGAACUCAAUUGAAAGUGUACCUAAAGAAAUUGGCCAGCUGACCAGCCUCCAAGAGCUGCUUCUCAGUUACAAUAGAAUAAAAUCUGUUCCUAAGGAGAUAAGUAACUGCAUCAGUCUGGAAAGAUUGGAACUGGCUGUCAACAGAAGCAUCUGUGAUCUUCCUCCUCAGCUCAGCGAUUUAAAGAAGCUGUCACACAUAGAUUUGUGCAUGAAUCAGUUUACUGCCAUCCCUCCAGCUCUCCUCAACAUGCCGAAUCUAGAAUGGUUAGAUAUGGGGGGAAACAAACUCCAGGAGCUUCCUGAUACAAUUGACAGAAUGGAAAACCUCCACACUUUAUGGCUCCAAAGGAAUGAAAUACACUCUUUGCCAGAAACCAUUGGUAAUAUGAAAAAUCUUAGUACUCUUGUUCUAAGCAACAACAAACUUAAGGAUAUUCCAGCUUGUAUGAAGAACAUGACAAAUCUGAGAUUUGUCAACUUCAGAGACAACCCACUGGAGCUAGAGGUAACACUCCCUCCAUGUGAGAACACAGAGGAGGAGGAGCAUCAGGAAAUGUUUGGAAUUGACUUCAUGCACAUGUAUAUCCAGGAGUCACUCAAGAAAACAGGAAAUGUGGAAAGUUGUACUUCUGGUUCUCCUCCUGUCAUGAAUCCUAAUGAAUAAAGAAUGUAACUGAAUGGAAGAAAAUAUCAAGCACACUUCUUCACAGCAAAGAAGCUACAACAGGUUUUAAAUAUUCUUAGGGAUUUUAUUUUUUCACUGAUGAGAACUGGUUUGCAUA